AUGGUGAACACCGGCAUGCAGCUGAUCAGCUUCACCUGCGCGGUGACGGGCUGGAUCAUGGCCAUCGCCGUCACCGCGCUGCCGCAGUGGAAGGUGUCGGCGUUCAUCGGGAACAACAUCCUGACGUCGGAGAUCAAGUGGGAGGGGAUCUGGAUGAACUGCAUCUACCAGACCACCGGACACAUGCAGUGCAAGACCUACGACUCCAUGUUGGCGCUGCCGCCCGACAUCCAGGCCGCCCGCGCCCUCAUGUGCCUCGCCAUCUUCAUGGGCUGGCUGUCCUGCACCGUAUCCUGCUGCGGCAUGAAGUGCACCACCUGCGCCGGCGAUGACCGCCGGGCCAAGGCCGGCAUCGCGCUGGCGGGCGGCAUCCUCUUCAUCCUCACCGGCCUCUGCGUCCUCAUCCCCGUGUCCUGGACCGCCAACACCGUGGUCCGGGACUUCUACAACCCCAACGUGCCCGUCAUGCACAAGCGGGAGUUGGGCCAGGCCAUCUACCUGGGCUGGGCCGCCGCCGUCAUCCUGAUGCUGAGCGGCGCCGUCCUGAGCAGCACCUGCCCGCUCAUGGAGAGGGGCGGGCGCUACCGCCGGGGCUACAUCGGCCGGAGCUUCGCCAACUCACCCGCACCAGACCCCCCUAAACCCAUCACCUCCAACAGCCUCCCGCUGAAGGAGUAUGUCUAG